AUGGACACGUCGGUGAAAGAUGCUCCACAGGAAUUGGAGAUCGAAACUUAUGCCAGUGAGGGGAGAAAGAACUGUAUUGACCGAUUACUGGUAUUCAAGUCCAAGAAAUACGGUCAUAGACUGGUAGCAGUGGCCAGAAGAACUGGUUCAGUCGAACUUUACGAUGCCGAUAAUAAAUACGAACAGAUCAAGUCAUGGACUGUUGAAAAGAAAAAUAACGAGGAUGACGAGAAGGAUGAGGAGGAUGUUGACGCUGAUACGAAAAAGGCCAAGACCAGUCUUCUGAGCACUGAACCUUUUAUUGUUGGUUUUGAUAUCUUACCAGAACACAAUGUUCUUGUCAGUUGUGAUAGAAAUGGAGAAGUUGCUCUGUACGAAUUAGAUAACUUAGAGAAGAAACCAGUAACCUGGGGUGCUAUUAAAGAGACGCCUUUAAAGGGUCAAAACAGAUAUGCUCGUAAAAAUGGUAAUAGUGAGGGUGGUUCUUCUAAACCCACAUCGCCAAUCUCGGUAUUCAAAUCUAAUCCAUACAACGAAGGAGAAUUUGCUUAUGGAGGUAAUAAAGUGAACCUCACAAUCAUCAGUCUCGACUUCUCCAAAAGAACGCUGACUCAGACAUGGCAAGCUAAGAAUGUCAAGAACGACAGACUGGAUCUUGCCCUUCCUGUUAUUAUAAACAAUGUGUUCUGGUUCACACAACCUACUAAAAAAGACACUUCAAAGAACGAGACUGGUCUAUUGUCACUUACUGGCGACGGGUUCAUUCGUCAGUAUGACCCUACUAAACAGAUGCGACCAGUAUCUGAGACCAAAAUUGGUGAAAACAACACCACUAAUAGCAACACCAUGAACGCCCGAGCAGGUGCUACUGGAGUUACGGGAGCCAGUCGCAAGGAAGUGGAUAUCCGAUUGAAGGCCGUUUGCGCUGGAAACAACGACAACAGCAUCAUCUACACUGAUGACAGAUCCAACAUCACCUAUUUCGAUAUACACAAGAACGUCAAUGGUGGAAAGUACAACGGACCCACUGGUACAGUUCAAGCAUUGCACACAUACGACAACGAACUGCUAGCGGCCGGUGGUCUCGACCGAUACCUGCGAAUCUACGAUAUCACGACCCGCGACCAGGUCGCCAAAAUCUAUGUCGGCACCCACAUCUCCUCACUCUGGAUCCUCGACGACGACGAAAACGCCAACAACAAAAAACGCCGGGCCGCUGAUCACGACGAGCAGGCCGACGACGAGCUCUGGAACGAGCUCGAGACCGUCUCCAAGAAAAAGAAGAGCACUAAAUAG